GCACGCUUUGGUGUUGCCAGGAAGCGGGGGGUAAGGUGACUUCCGUUUCCGUCUCUCCGGGCACGAGGAUCCCGGGAAUCAAGCUAGCGGGAAGAUGAGGCCCUUGACUGAAGAGGAGACCCGAGUGAUGUUUGAGAAGAUUGCGAAAUACAUCGGGGAGAAUCUGCAGCUCCUGGUGGACAGGCCCGACGGCACCUACUGUUUCCGGCUGCACAACGACCGAGUGUAUUAUGUGAGUGAGAUGAUCCUGAAGCUGGCCGCCAACAUCUCCGGGGAUAAGCUAGUGUCACUGGGGACGUGUUUUGGGAAGUUUACCAAGACCCACAAGUUCCGGCUGCACGUUACAGCUCUCGAUUACCUUGCACCCUACGCUAAGUAUAAAGUGUGGAUAAAGCCUGGAGCAGAACAGUCCUUCUUGUAUGGAAAUCAUGUGUUGAAAUCUGGUCUGGGUCGAAUCACUGAAAAUACUUCUCAGUACCAGGGAGUAGUGGUUUACUCCAUGGCAGACGUUCCUUUGGGUUUUGGGGUGGCAGCAAAGUCUACUCAAGACUGCAGAAAAGUGGACCCCAUGGCAAUUGUGGUGUUUCAUCAAGCAGACAUUGGAGAAUAUGUACGGCAUGAAGAGACAUUAACUUAGUAUGGGCAUCCCAAACUUUGCUGAUUGAGAGGACUUAGCUUUGUUUCCUAUGUGUGCAGACAUCAUCGUGUCAAAUUUGGAUAACACUGAUAUAUGCAACUUGGAUUCUUACUCAACAGAAAUGGCUCAAAAAUAGAAUUUCAGGCCAUCUAGAGGCAAAAGCAGGUGGAUCACAAGUAUAGGGGGCUACUUGGGCAAGUUCAAGGCUAGCCUGUGCUACAUAGUGAGACCCCUGUCUCAAAAAUCUAAAACAAACAAACCAAAACCUGUCAAGUGUUCGUGUGAGUAAAUAGUGUUUCUAUUCUCUAUCUGUAUCUCUUUGUUUGAAUCAGCAGACUUGUUCUGAUAACGAGCUCUAAGUUACUGCACUGAGGACAGGAGCAGUUUUACUGUUAUCUGUGAUAACACUUUUCCAGGCUAGUAAUAACAUAGCAGACUAAUGGUAUUGUUUUUUAAUACCAUUAAAGGUAGAAACAGCCAUAUAAGGAUAGUAGGCUAUGCCUAUGAAUUUUACAAAUGGAAUUGAGUAAAAGUAAUAGAUGGAACUCAGCUAUUUUUCUUUGUGGUAAGUGGUGUAUGGUGUGGAAGAACCUGUACUCAAGCCUCAAUUCUGCUGCCUGCCAGUUGUCUGGUAUUGGACAAGUUAUGUCAAUACCAGAUAGGCUUUAUUUUCUUCCUUUGUUAAAAGGGAAAAACAAAACAAAAUAAACCCAAAGCAUGAAGCAUGAAACUGGAAGUGUGGUGGUACACUUUUAAUUCCAGCAGUGGGGAGGCAGAGGCAGAUGAAUUCAAGGCCAGCCUUGUCCACAUAGGGAGUUCCUGGCCAGCCAAAAGAAAAACAAAUGCAAAACGCACAAAACUGGAAAAUAUUCUUUAAUCAUCAACUUGCUGGUAUUCAGAAUUAAAAAUAAUGAUUAUAAAGCAUCUAGCAUAGAUCUAUAGAUCUGGCAAAUAGGUGUGGAAUAAAUAUUGAAAUAUAUUUUUAAAA